UGGAUAAAAAAAGGAUAUACAGCAACUUCUACGUGAUAUUCUCUAAUUGAACGGCCAAGAAUGGACAUCUUCACUUUUUGCAAGGGAAAUAAAGAAAGUAUCUGUGAUGUCCAUAUCUUUGUUUCUUUUGGAUGGUAUUUAACUACUUAAGUUGAGAAAUGCACGUUUUGAAACAGGACUUGAAGAUGAUUUCUGAAGUAUUCAUGGGACAGUUGCGCCAACUAUUUGGUCUGAAGUCUGAGAGCCUUUAUGUUGGUGGAUUUGCCACAUCUGUACUUUUAACCAGUGAAAAAGGCUUUGCAGAAUGGGAGUUGGACGUGUUGUCUAGGCAUCACACAUGUUUCAAUCUUCUUCAAUGUGGCACCACCCUUGGAUCUCUCUCUCGACUGGUUCAGUCACUUCCCAGGAUGAUAAUCAUGGAUGAAAUUGGAAAACAGGUAAAGUAUUCUCUUGAAGCAGCAAAAUUAUCUUUUGGCAAUGUGUCUUUAGGAUAUUCUGAUGCUUCUGCUGUUUCCUCAAGAAAAGCAAGAGCCUUAGCAGAGGAUGCCUUUUAUCAUCCAUCUAUGAUGUCCGUGAGCUACUACUCAUUUGAGCACUGUUUUGCUGUAUAUUCGCCAUUCUUUCUGCCAGUUUCGCUGCAUGUGCUUCUUGCUGUCAUUAGAGAAUGGAAAAGGUAUAAAGUGGAAAACAGAAAGUACCUCGCAUGGAGGGUCAAACUUGAGUAGCAUGUCAAGAGUUGCAGAUAAAAAAACUAUUUUAGAGUGGAAUUGCAAAAACUGGCGUCCACGGACAAUAAUACACAGUUUUGUAGGAAAAGCUUGUGAGGUUUGAUUGAAGUUAACACAUUUGGUGGCAGUGCACCCAAAAAGUUUUCGACCAAUAAUUGAGAUUUUAGAUAUGUACCAAUAUUCCGAGAAGAUUUUAUACAAAAAUUAUUAGACAAGAUACACUUUCACCAGUAUAUUUAUUCUGUUGCUAGCGUGUAAUGCAUCGUUGUACAUUUGCUUAGUGCAAUACAUUGUCGCGGUUAAAUUUGCCUA